AGUUACCCUUUAAAAGCUCUGCAGUGCUUUGAUGUUAGAGGCAGUACAUUAAUAAUUAGAAUGCUGCAUGGUCUUUGGAUGGAGGGGAAGGUUUGCUGCCUGGGCGUAAGGAUAUGGCACUCUUGUUAUGACAUGGGACAUCUGACCAUGGAAAGUGGAAAUGCUGCAAUCUCACUGGAGCUUUCCUUAAGAGACCAGUAUAUUGAAUGCCAUGUUAUUUGCCUAGAAAUUUGAAAAGAGUGUAUGAGUUGUGGUGAAAAUCUGUUUCUCACAGCUGUAGGGAUGCCUGUAUCUGGUUUCACAGCAGAAACUUUUAACUGUUUUUUUUUUCAGCUGGAUAUUACAGUUCUUAGCAACGUAGAUGACUGAGUUUAAACUCCUGACUUCUGAUUUUCUGCUAACUUCUGUGCAAUUUUUUGCCCGUUUACAUUUACAGGAGAAAAGAAUGACAACAAAAAAAUCUCAUGGUCCUGAUGUUUGCAGCAGCUCAGAGGUGUCUGUACGUGUGUGUGUUUGCAUGUGUGCAGGACUCAGCUUUCUGUCACACAAGUUGCAGGAAGCAGUCAUUACAGUUAAUGUAGAGAGAUUGUUAGCUUAACUAAUGAGAGGUUUUGACUUUCCCAAGUUUUGUGUUGAAGUUUGUUGUGCCUGCUGUGUUGUGUGCCAUGCUUGAUUAAUGUAAGGUGUAUUUCCACCAAGGGUCGCUUUGUACUUGGUGCUAGAAACGUACAGUCCUUUACUUACUGAUUCAUUGUCCCUCACUGCUGAACUUGGGAACAGAUUUCUCAUUCGAAUUUUUAUGGCCUCCAUCUCUAGAGAUUCUCAUGGCACAAAAAGUCCGAGGGUUCUCUUACUUUUUGAUAUUUUGUGGAAUAGUGUAAGCUGGAAAAGAUUUCUGAGGAUCAUCUAGUCCAACCUGCUGCUCAGAGCAGGGCCUGCUUGAAAGCUAGAGCAGAUUGCUCGGAGCCUUGUCAAGUUCUGAAAAUCUGCAAGGAUGCAGAUUUCAUCAUCUUUUUGGACAGCUUGUUUCAGUGCUUACCCACCCCCAUGGAGUAAACAUAGGCUGAAUUUCCCUGAUGCAGCUUGUCAUCACUGCCUCCUCUCUUUUCGACGCUGGCCGCUGAGAAGAGUCUGGCUCUGUCUCCUCUGUAGCACCUCUGCCUCUGUUUGUUUGUGUUGGACAAUGGAAAUUCCAGCACGUGGGAGGACUUCUGUCAUGCCCACUGGUAACUUGCUUUCAUUGUGGAAAGUUGCUCUUCAUUCUUACCCUUGGUUUCUUCCUUUAACCAUUAGAGGAUUUUUCCUACUCAGAGAACCCGUGACAUUCUAAUAGCCUGUAAUGAUGUUGUUUAAUAACUUCAAAAAUCUAAAAUGCAGCUUUCCCCUCUAUAGCCCUGCUGCCUCCUUCCUAAUUCACCUUCUCAUGCUCUGACUCCUCAUUUCGUACUUUGCAAUGUUUUGUACUAAUCUAAACACAAAGCCCAUGCUGCAUCUCCCUAAUCCACCUUCCUGCAGACAGAAAUAACAACUGCUCUUUUGUUUCUCUAGUGCUAUGGCUAAUUCAAACUGCAAGCUACAAUGUAUAGGUUUGGUCACAUUAUAUUUAAGCUUCUUAGGGACUCACGAGUCCAAGUCAUUCUGUGGCUUACUCCCUCCCUCCAACUGUUCUAAAACCUCCCCUGUUGACAUUUUAAUUAGAAAUAGUCUCUAUCUCAAAAGAAAGUCUCUCUGCAACUUCUGUGAUCUCCUCUGUGGCAACUGCUGAUAAUUACGUUUAAUGCAGGUUUUCCACCUGACCCUGUUUUCCCACUGAGGUGUUUGGCACUGAUGGUGCAUCACCCCCACUGAUCAUCUGGCAGCUUUCUGCCUCUGAUGUUUGUUGUUGUUUGCUUUUAUGUCUUCAGCAAAUUGUUGUCUUUUUUUUCCUUUCCUUUUUCAUUUGCUGGAGAGCAGGCUUUUAUCAUUUUCCUUGUUUUGACACGUAAAUCCCUUUCAAAGUCCAUCUUCUUUAAAACUAACAGCUUUUCCUUACAUCAGCAGGCGUUGCGCAGUCUGAUCUCUGCAAAGUGAACUAAAACUUUCCCGUUUGAUAACGAUUCCCUGUUGGCAACUUAUGUAAAGUCCGCAAGGCAGUCCUUAAUUAGAGGUUGAAUUCCCUAUCUUUCAUCCCUUAUUUUUGUACCAAACCGGUGUGGGACUAAGCAGGCUGUAAUUCACUCAUCCCGCUUGUCUCGCACCAAUGCUGCUGUUCUGCUCUCUGGCAUCUUGAGUCUUCCAAGAUUUAGUGGAGCUGAACAUAAGGCCGAAGAUGUUGUUAAUCAGUGCUUAUGCCCAAGUUACCCAGGCUUCCUGGUUUUAGAUGGUUAUCCCUCUGGACUGGAGUACAGAAAGAUGAUCACAAGCAAUUGGAUUACCCUAGCCUAAGGCUUUUCUGUUCCUUGGCAGAGCUGUGGUGACUGGUUAUGCGUGUGCAGCCUGCUCUGCCCAUGGUGCAGUGCUUUGGGCACUGGUAGUCGUCAGAUGAAAUCACAGUUUGCCCAACUCCUUUAGCUGGAAGCUGAGAGCAGGUAAUGUUAUCUCCUGCCUCAUCAAAUGUUAUCUGCUCCUGCUGAAGUCAACUUUGAAAUAGGUUUCGGAAGGGAGGCCAGUGAGAUGCCAGCUCUCACUGUAAGUGCAUAAAAGAAAAACUAAUAUGCUCAUCCCAAACCCAUUGGAUUCUUUAUUUCUCCCAGUUAUGCACCGUAGGCUGCAUUUGCUGCUGUGGUAGCAGUCUUGAGAAUGCAAAAGGAAGUCAGUGAGAAAUGUGCUUGUUCAAGACCCUGGAAAGAUUAGGUUGUACAUAAUUAACUGAAAACUCUGAAGAGGUUGCUAAUGAAUGUGUAGAAUUCUCCAUGGCUUUCUCAUCCAGGUAGCUGAGUUCACUGGCAAGAUACAGAUUUUUUUAAGAGCCAUUUACUGUUGUUAGGGUGAUUCUGCAGGUUCCCCUGCAGAGAAGAGACUGCAGAGAAAGCAUGUUGGACUCAUACUCUGGAAGAGGCUUAGGCAUGGAUUAAUGAGUGGAGAUGAAAGGAAUGGUUUCUUCCAUCUUACAAGAAUGCUAACUUUAUGAAACAUGCAGAACUGAUCCGUCAGUGGAUGAGUGUGUUUGGUUCCAGUUCUGGCUCAGGUACACCAGUGCUGUUAAAUCACGUCCGUCGUUUUCAACACAAAGGUUCUGUGGUGUUUGCAAUAAGUUGUUUCCAACGUAAAAAGUUCUUAUGGUACAGCGAGGGAACUUCCAGUGAGUGGCUGAGCCUUGGAGUCACCGCUGGCUCACAGCUGUCAGCAGCAAUGACUUGGUUUUGAACUUGCUGCUGCCUGUCAUCGGUGCCUAAACGUGUAGCAUCAGACAAAGCCAAAUGCUCCAAAGUAGCUUAGCAUCCCCUGAGCACCAGCCAGGGGAGAGCACAGCAAAAGCACUGGAAAAUCAUAAUUCGCUUGCUCUGAAAUGUCAGUUUGUGCUGCAGAGCUACAGCCCUGCUGUGUGCUGUUAAGUGUGGGCUUAGGAGAAGGCUGCUUGCCUCGUGAAGUUCUUGCUAUGUUUUGGCUCUCUGAGUAAGUCAGGAAAUGAACUGGGCUUUGUAGUUCUGGAUCAGGGUACAAAGAAAUUGCUGUUUCUCUCUUUGUGUUUGUUUGCAGAUGGGCCAUCCCUGGGUGUGGUGCAGUUCUGAGUCGGAGUCAGAGGACAGUGACUUGCAGUCUCUUCUCAGCUGGCAUUCAAGUUUGGAUCUGGAGGUGGGAAACUGGAGGGAUACUGAAGAGGUGGCUAUAGGGAAGCCAGAGGAAAGCAGCCAAGAGACAGACAGCAGGCUGGAGUUCAGUGAUUCUCUCUGGGAGGAGGAUGAUAGUGAAGACUUCCAAAAGGCAGAGAGGCAAUAUGAAGAUGACAGUCUUCUCGAGUUCUUCUCAGAGAUAACCCAGUUGCUGGAACCUCUCCGCGUCAGCUGCACAGAUUCAGCAGAGACUCUAUGGGAUUGUUCUGGCUCUGGGAAGCAGGAUGAUGGGGAAGAUCUAAGAUGCCAGGAAGAGACCACCAGGACAGUUGUCUCAAGAGCAGAGGAAAGUCAGCCACGUGUCCUGGCAGAAGAUGAAAAAGAACACUUCCCAGGAAGAGAGGACAAGACUCAAGAGGCACCUGGAGAAAAAACUCUGUGUGAACCAGAUUCACAGGAGAUUAACCAAGCCCAGGAUCAAGACGAUAGCGACUGCGCUUCUGCAGACCCCACGUUGGGCUCCACAAGCCCUGCCAACCCGCAGCUGAUGCAGUUGAGCUGGGAUAACCCCAUGCAGCAUUCUCAUUUCAAAAGAACUGUCCUGUCCAUCUGGAAGAUGAUAGCCAGUCAUAGAUGCAGUGGCCCGUUCCUGAAGGCAGUGUCAGACAAACAAGCUCCUGGAUACAGUGAGGUGGUGAAGAGAGUCUGGCUGCCAUCAGCAUCUCCCACUGACUGACUUCUGUUAUCAAAACUCCCUUCCAGGUGACCAGGGCCUGGAAGUCUGCAGUGACCAUGGUGCUGACAUGCAUUGUGCCUGCCCUUUGCUGGCCUUGCAUGGACUGAUGUACUGCAGUUCAGCUCUGCAGCUGUGCCCCCUGCCUGAGCUGGGGAUUCAGCCUCUGUAGCCCAGCAGUUUCCAUGUUGGAAACCUGCGUCUCUGUCAGUAUCCACUCUGCUUUCUCCCCAGAUGUAGUCUCAGUGGAGAAGUAGGUUAUAAGAAUAUCUCCCAGAUAGAUUAAGGGCAUUUUUCAGAGCUGAAUCAUGUUCUAUUCUGGUCACAGUCAUCCUCUCUGCAGCCAUUCAUUUUCUCAUUGUGUCAAAAUAAGGGAAGUCAUAUUUAUUCCCCGUCACGUUCCCCUAUCAGCGGUGCUAUUUUGGCUAGUGGCACCAUUUGAUUUUAAGGGGUUUUAAUAGAUCCCUAUUUUAGCAACUUUUCUUUCUCCUCCAAGACCUGGGCUGACUUCAUGAGGACUAAUGGGAUCGCUCUUGAAUUCCCUGCAGCUCCUCAUGACAUUUGUUAGACGUGGCAGCCGAUGGCCUGGAUGACAAGGACCACGCUGGCUGAACUUUGUCUAACUGAAAUGAAACAAACGCUUCUCACUGCCCCACGUAGCCCCAGGCGCUAAAACUGAUUGCAGAGAGCCGUGCCUUAGGGCCACGACGCAGAGGGCCUUCAGCUCUCCUUCCAUGUCCUUCCUGCAGGCCCAUGGACCUGACCAGCAUCAAGAGGGGUCUGGCCAAGGGCCACAUCCGUUCCUUGGCGCAAUUCCAGUGCAGCCUGAUGCUCAUGUUCCAGAACGCCAUCAUGUAUAACGCCGCC